AUGAAGUACAUUACUAUUUCAUUUAUAAUUAUUCUAGGAAUAGUUAUUGCUUAAGAUGCUGCCGAUUAAUGCAGAUCAGAAAUUUAAAAAAAAAUAUAGCAAAAUCAAGUUUGUAGAUAAGGAGAUACUGAUUGCUUAAAUGCUCUUAGAUCUCUCCAAGUGUGCAUUAUUUAUUGUUCAGAUAAUAGUGAUAACUAACCAUUUACAAUUAAUAGUAUAUGUGUCCAUUAAAAUUGUAAUUCGAAAAACCCUACAGCUUAAAGUGUAUUAAAUGAUUUAAUAAAUUGUGAGUCAAAUAUAAACCCAAAUCCAAGUAGCAGUAAUUCAGAGAUUAUUGCUUUUUCAAUAAUUUGUAUUUUUAUUAGUAUAAUUUGUUGA